AUUGUGAAAAUGCUGCAGUGAUCAUUGAUAUAUGGGUUUCUGUUUGCAUUCUUGCUUUCACUUCUGGGUAUAUAUCUAAGAUUGGAAUUGCUGGGUCAUAUGGUAGUUCUAUGUUCAACUUUUUGAGGAACUGCCAAACUGUUUUCUACAGUAGCUGUACCAUUUUACAUUCCCGUCAGUAAUGGAUGAAGGUUCCUGUUUCAUACUUAAUUCAUUAUGUUUACAGUUCAGAAUACUGAGCUCAUAGAAUGAGGAAUAGCUGCUAUUUCCAUGCUCUCUCAUAAUCUGAUGGGAUAAUAAAUCCCUUUAACCAUUAAAUACCCCUGAAAACAGGUGUCCGUCUGACGGGGGGUUAAAAUGUGCCAGUAUAAAUUUUGCCUGACAUAGUGGGUGCUGGUGCCCUGCUGAAUGUUUUUGCUUCUCGGUUCCUUCCACACAGUUGUAGACGUCUAUCAAGGCUGGUGUGGCCCCUGCAAACCUGUGGUGAGCCUCUUCCAGAAAAUGAGGGUCGAGCUUGGCCAGGACCACCUGCAUUUUGCAUUAGCAGAGGCAGAUGGUCUUGACGUCCUUGAAAAAUACCGAGGGAAGUGUGAGCCGACCUUUCUGUUUUAUGCAGGAGGAGAACUGGUGGCUGUGGUUAGAGGAGCAAACGCCCCACUGCUGCAGAAAACCAUCCUCGACCAGCUGGUGGCAGAGGAGAGGGUGUUGACUAAAGGCAGAGAACGGAAAGUGAUCAAAGAUGCCCCUCUUACUAAUGAAGAUGAACGUUUUUCCCAUGAAAAGGACAAUGGUGAAGAUGAGGACGUGGCUUCACUGGGAAAGACUUGUACCUUGGCCAUCAUUAAACCAGAUGCAGUGGUACAUGGAAACACUGAUGAGCUCAUUAUGAAGAUCCAGGAAGCUGGGUUCGACAUUUUAACCAAUGAGGAAAGAACCAUGACAGAGGCAGAAAUGCGGCUUUUCUAUCAGCACAGAGCUGGAGAGGAAGCGUUUGAGAAGCUGAUACAUCAUAUGUGCAGUGGACCAAGCCAUCUCCUGAUCCUUACUAGGACAGAGGGUGUCGAGGAUGUGGUCACUGCCUGGCGAACCCUUAUGGGGCCCUGUGACCCUGACGUGGCCAGGAGGGAGCAACCUGACAGUCUCCGUGCUCAGUACGGCACACAAAUGCCCUUUAACGCCGUCCAUGGAAGCCAGGACAGAAAAGAUGCCAACAGAGAACUGGCGCUGCUCUUCCCCAGUUUCAAGUUUUCAGAUGAAGGGACAGAAGCCCCUCAGGGUGGCCAGGUCCAAGGAGUGGUGGGCCCUACCGAGUCGCUGAGCUUCCCCAAGAACAUGGAUUGAGAUGGCUGUGUUGCUCUUCCUGAGCAUGUGACCAGGGAUCAGGCCACAGGAUCAAAUGUUAGUGCACUCAGGUCUGCAGCAUUAAAGGUGCCUCCAGAAUUGGAACUCACUCUUUCGAGCACCAAUAUGUUUUUGGUUUAACUGUCUUUCAUGGGCAAUGAAAAGAUACACUUUCCUUUCUUAUUGAACAGUGUAUCGAAUGUAUACUAACUUUUUUUGCUGUCUCUGGGAUUUAAAAAAAUAAAUGAACAUCAGUUAUUAUAUUCUGCUGUGACAUGGUGUCAUUUCAGGGGACACUGAGUUACAAAGGAUAGUGUUGCCCCAACAGUAAAUCUACUUUAUAGAUUUAAAAAAUUUGAGCUGUUAACUUGGUAACCAUGAACUUGAACACAGUGCAACAAGAUUGGGCAUGGCACUUCCAGGCACACUGACGUGGAGGCAGAUAGAAAUCAGCUCUAAACACCUCUUCAUGCUGCUUACCCGUCACAGGGACAGGCAUGUCAGAUGUGCCAACCUGUGGAUCUCCACCAUUCAGGGCAUGUUCGUAAAGCAAUGCUUGGAGGUUAUAGUUGGAACCAGGAUUCAUCUAAUUUUCUUGACAACCUCUUCCCUCCUCCAUUUCUUUGGCUUCUGAUUUUGGAUAAAACCUAAUUUUAAAACCUGUGGGGCCAGGCUGCCUUCAGCUUCCACUAAAUUGGCUUAGCUGCCUCUCCAUGGGUUGUCUUUUAAAGGACACAGGAAGUUUCACAAAAAGUAAUUGUUAUUACCUCUGUGAGUGUUAACAUACACAGUCACUCGCUCUUUCCAGUUUGCUCUUUGGUUCAUUUGUAAAUUCAUCAAACCCAGUUGUACUCUUCUCUCUCUGACUGAGAAAAAGGCCAUGUUCUUCUGCACUAUGGGGUAAAUGUCAGCAAUUUCCUUCUCAUUUGCUGGUUUUCUCCAGAGGUGUUUGCUAUGACUUGAAGAAGUUCUUUAAAUGGGUAGGGAGCUCCCAGAAGACUGUUCUUCAUGGUUGCAUUAAUCUUUCUGUUGGCCUACAGCACAAGGCACUCUGUGCCAGGCCCAGUGCUGGCACUGGAGAGAGAAGGAUGAGGCAGGAUGCACUGAAGGUGGGACCAAGGCCUGUGAUACUGGGUGGGUAGUUGUGGUUCUCUUAGGACCGUGUAUCACUUCUGGAUGGAAACAUGCAUGCCUAUUGUGCUCAUCAGGACCUGGACGGGACCCUCACAUGAAGCAAGGUGCUAAUAGAGCCUUCACUGACGGGAUUUGCCUGGAAAAGUGGAUCCCCAGUUUCAGAACUGCAGACACACAAUCCACCAUGGGGUUGUGCUGUUCCCUUUGAGAGUGGGCUCAAGAGGGGGAAUCCACACAGUCUGUGCCCACCUCAGAGCUGGCAAACCACUUGAAGAAGCCCUAGAGCCCAUGCCUGGGCUGCCACACCAGUGCUGAAUGAGCUACUUGGGGGCAGAGGUGCACCAAAAUGACAGCUAUGUGAUCUCUCCGGAACCCAAGGCUCUUCCAUCACUGGCAAGAUGAGAGACGGCGUGACCAGGAACUCCAAAAGCAGGGGAGAGAGGGGAAGAGCAAGUAGAAGAGCUGAGCU